AGUGCGCGAAGGUCUUACGCGAAUUUACGCGAAAAAAUAUUCGUUUAAACAAAAUGGAAGUAAACAAUAGAGGCUCACUGUUAGACUUACCUCCGGUGGAUUUAAAAACGCUUUCACCAUCCAAGAAAGCUGACUCUUUGAGCACCAUAUCUGGACUUAGUGAAGUACCAAGCGAUAUUAUUAUUAAGUCACGGAUCAAAUAUGGUACACGUUGGUCUGCCUGUAAAGGCCUGAUAAUGGAAUAUUCGAAAAAUACAACCAUCCAUGGCAUACGUUAUUUGGUGGAGUUGCAUCGACCUUUUUAUGAAAAAUUGUAUUGGUUCAUUGUGCUUGUGAUAUCUGUAUAUUUUGCAAUUUCACUUAUUUGGGCUACUUACCUCAAAUGGCAAGAUACACCGGUGAUUUUGGGGUUCGAUGAAACCCUUGUGCCUGUGCAUAAGAUACCCUUUCCCACAAUUACCAUAUGUCCGGAAAUAAAAAUGGAACGCAAUGUAUUCGACUUUCCGAACACGUCGAGUCGCAUUUUGGAAGAGAUACAAAAAUAUGGAAAAUUUGAAAAUUUGCAAAAUUUAAGCGAAACAGAACUGGAGCAUUUUAUGUCCACUUUGCACAUUUGCGAAUCGGAUGUGGUACGUCGCUUUGCGCAAUUUUUACCAAAAGGCAUUAAACCGAACAUUGCACAAACCCUGGUCGAUAUCUCUAUUUCGAAAAACGAGACUGGCCCAUUUUGUAAGUGGAAUGGGCGAUUUUAUUUCUGCGAUAAAAUUUUUAAUUUUGUACCAACUGAUGAGGGUAUUUGCUAUCAGUUCAAUGGACUCCAGGCCAAAGAUAUAUAUCGGGAUGUGGGCUUUAUCAAUUACUAUGACGAGGAAGUGGUCGAUUUCAACAAUUUCUUCGAAACUCUCCCGCGCUUCAACAAUUUGACAGGCAAUUGGUCAUUGGAGGAGGGCUAUGUUGAUCAAGGCUAUAACUCCUAUCCACAGCGAACAGCGUUCUCAUCGGCACGAAAUGGAUUUUUCGCUUUUCUGCAGGGUUUCGAGCAUAAUUUUGAAUAUGCUUGCAGGAGUUUUAAGCAAGGUUAUAAGGUUUUCCUUACAUCCCCUGAGAGUGUGCCGGUGACAACGGGUAAUUACAUUUUAGUGCCACACGGCGACGAGGUGAUGGUUAGCGUGCUGCCGCAUUAUGUAAUAUCCACGGAUAAUCUGCACGACUUCAGUCCAGAGAAACGCCAAUGUUACUUCAACGACGAACGCUAUUUGCGUUAUUUCCGUUUCUAUUCGCAAUCCAACUGCCAGGUGGAGUGUUUGACCAACUAUACUAUAAAUAAAUGUGGUUGCGCCAAGUUUUGGAUGCCAAAGCCUCAUGAUGUGCCUGUGUGCAGCGUGGAGGACAUAAGCUGCUAUGAUACCGCUCAGUCUGAACUACGCAUCUUAAUUCAGAAUCAAACUAUACAAGCCACUAUGGAUCCAAGCAUGAAAAUCAUUUGCGACUGUAUGCCAGCUUGCACUUCACUCGAUUACAAUGUGGAAAUUUCAAGCGCACGCUAUGAUUUGGCUAAAACGAUACAAGCCUUCCGGGAAGUCUAUGAACAUACCGACUUUUUGGGUUCACGCUUAUCGGUUUACUUCAAGGAGCAUCAGUUCACGGCAAUCAAACGUACGGUGUUGUUUAGUGUUGCCACAUUGAUAGCCAACUGGGGUGGCAUUUUGGGCUUGUUCAUGGGCAUAUCCAGUUUGAGUCUGAUCGAAUUGGUGUACUUUUUCUCGGUGCGUUUGUUCGACAAUUUGCGUAAGCGGCGUCAAACCAAGAAGCGUUUGAUGAAAUUGGAAGCGGGACAUGAGAGUUAAGUGGUGACAAGAAGUGCAUAAGAGAGCUAAAUUCAAAUCAGAUGUAAAAAUAUCUAUGCACAUAACAAUUCAGCA